AUGAAUAUACUGGAUGAAUAUAAAUCACGCAUAAGUAGAAAUAUACCUUUAAUAGCCGACGAUACCUUCAAGAAGCUCCUCGAAAAUUGUUUUAGUUACUUAACGGACAAAAAAGAAGUGCACAAUACUACCGAUUUGUACAAUUCGAAACCGGACGUAACGAAGGAAGUUUACGCGGCCUUUUUGGCCGUUACCGCCGAAUUCGUCAGAUCGAAUUUAUCGAACGAUGAAGUGGCGAAAUAUUUGCAAGAUUGCGGACUCGCUCGUAAUCGAAUCGAUUUGUACCUACAGCAGUUCGUAAAGGAGAGAUUGUCGGUUGAAAUCGCUUUGUUGAAUAUCGGUAAUACUUUGCCGCAUAUUACGGACGUUAAGUGGAAAAUAGACUACAUUGUGAAGUCGAGUGAAAUGGAUUCGGCAGAUGGGCCUCUUUUUAGAAUAUGUUUCGUGGCAGAGGAAUUUAGCGAAACGGACGGUAAAGCGUUAAGGAAUAUUCAUUUUACCUGCAAUUCUGUGGAGUUGCUGGAUUUGAUAUACAAAUUAAAAGAUGCCGUGCGACAUUGCAGCAAUUUAACCCACAGGUUAUUCUAA